AUGCGUUAUACUUUGCUUAUAUUUUUAAGUUUUAUUAUAUUUGUAUAUGGUCAGACAAUAAACAAUAUUCGUCUCAGCGACCACACGACCUACAUCGUAGACCUGGUCCAGAAAACGGUGGACCGCGCUCAGAAACACAACUGGAGUAGUCUCAAAGUUGAAGAUGUCGUUUUGGAUAUUAACGAAGAAGUUCUAAACAAAACAGUGAGGGGUACAGUAACAUUAAAAAAUGGAUUUGUCGUGUCUAUGCAGAACCUGGCUUUGAUCCAACACACUGUUCAGCAAGUUUGGUUAUACACCAGAAGCACUAACUUAACGAACUUGGAACUUCGGAGUACUAUGGUCAUGCACGGUGUGACGAUUGGGUAUGAAUUAGAUGGCGUUUUCGAGGACCGAAAGUAUCACAACACUGGUACCAUUACGUAUCCAACGAUUCAGUUUCAAAUUGCGCUAAUCAAAAACCUCUACACUGAUGAGCUAUCGUCAAGAGUUGUUCCACUUCUACCCAGAACCACAAAUCGUAUGCAGUUUUUGCCCCAGGACGAGUAUGGACAAAUUCUUAGUUAUUUGUAUGAUUGGAACAGCACGUUUACAAGUGUAAGUACUUGGGCGAACGACGUCUUCGCUCCCAUCGCACUAGAUCUCGCUAAAACAGAGCACCCUAUACCAAGCUUCUGCUACGAUUGUCCUGGGUGGAAGCCCAAUUCGACAUUGCACUUAAAAACUAACAUUGAAAUAUAG